UAGCACCCAAACACCAGUGUUCUUGCUUCUAUUCCCAUUCUAUAGUUACGAUGCACAAUGGGAAUUCGAUCAAGCUGUUGGCUGGCAACAGCCAUAUGGAACUCGCCAAGUUGGUGGCGGAGCACCUCGGUGUCGCCUUAUCGCCGUGUGAAGUAAAACGUUUCUCCAAUGGCGAAAUCAACGUCAAAAUUGGCCAAUCCAUCAGAGACGAAGACGUUUUCAUCAUCCAGUCAGGCUGUCACGAUGUAAACGAAAAUCUCAUGGAGCUCCUCAUUCUCAUUUCUGCUUGUCGUACCGCAUCUGCUCGACGCAUCACCGCCGUCGUUCCUUUCUCGGGCCCCAUUACUGCGAAGCUUGUCGCAAACAUGCUUGUCACUGCAGGAUGCGACCAUUUGAUUACAAUGGACUUGCAUGCCGGUCAAAUACAGGGUUUCUUCGACAUUCCCGUUGAUAACCUUUAUAGCGAGCCUCUCAUGAUUAAGUACGUCAAAUCGUCCAUCCCAGCAUGGCAAGACGCCGUCAUUGUCAGCCCCGAUGCUGGCGGUGCCAAACGUGUUACGAGCAUGGCGGAUAAACUGGGACUCGAUUUUGCUCUUAUCCAUCGGAAGCGCGAGAGUAUGGAGUUGCUUGUCGGGAAUGUCAAGGGAAAGACAUGUAUCCUCGUCGACGACAUGAUUGAUACAGGGGUUACGCUUGCGUUGGCCACGAACCUUCUCAGCGAAGCGGGCGCUGAGAAGAUCGUCAUUUUAGUCAGUCACGACCCUAUUCUGUCACCCUAUAUCGGGAGCAGCGGCCAAAGUAUAGAUGGCAGUGACGAAGAGGGUGGAUUCGUCAUCCUUGAUAGCAUAAGGCGUAGUCACAAUGGAGAGAGUUUUGGUAUUCUCUUUGGGGAGGGAUUUUGGGGGAACGGGAAAGGAAGGGUGGUCGGGUAA